AUGGCUUUGGGGGCGGACAAGAAGAAACCAGAAGCCAAAAGACUUCUCCGAAUUAUCAACAAAGAAAACAAGACAGAUCGAGAUAUUGUUGAUUUUCUUAUGGGAUACGUGCAGUUCAAGCAGGAUGACAAAUGGAAUGAACUUCGAGUGGCUCCCUUCUACCAGUAUUACGUGAGCAUGUAUCGUGAGGUACGACAGUGGGGAUACGGCAAACCUGUACCAGUAACAGAUACAGACAAAAAGUUCUUGAGCGGAAUCAUCCGGUCAGAUACAGAACCUCCGUUCUUUCUUGCUCAUGCCACAUUUCUCAGUGGAUUCAUCGAGUGCAAGCUAGAGCAAAAUGCUGACAUGUUUCUCCAUGCUUUGACCAGGGUAAUUGAUACUUGUGAUUCAGCCAAAGAUGAGGACAACGCACAUGUGGUAGUCCCCCAUACAGCAGGCGAAUACCUCAUGCGGCUUCGAACCCUCACGGAAGGCUUUAUGGAACGCACUCGUUCUAAUUUUGUCAUGGUCAAGUGGGACCCCAACAAGUUUGUAUCAUCCAUGUCUCCGAUUCCUGGGGACCAGUGUGACUGCUGUGGUACAAAAGAAAAGUCAACCAGUGAGAUGCCGGUCUGUGGGCGUUGCCGUGUCACGUACUAUUGCUCGAAGGAAUGUCAGCAGAAGCACUGGCAGCAAGUGCAUUGGAAAUUGUGCCGCAAAAAGGGGGAAUUUCGCUGUGGUGAUGUGGUCAUCGCACUUGAGCCCUUUGCAUCAGUUGGCUUUGGAGGCCGAUGUCGAAUUGUGUCUCGUGCUAAAAAUCGUACCAGAGGUCUCUGGAAUGUUGCUGAAAUGGAGGGAGAAGAGACUUGUGUCAUUUCUGCAGCAAAACUGCGGGUUGAUAGCCUGGUAGUUCGGGGCCUUAUGAACCAAUAUGAUCAAGACUUGGUGGCAUCAUUGAUGGUACGUAAGAUACAAGAAGAAUUGCAGAAGAUAGGAGAAUUGCAGGAGGACGCCCCUGAUCCACCAGAAACAUACACUGCAGUUGAUCUGUAUGUCAUGUCUCUCGAGGAGUUGGAUUGA